AUGGAACUGAAGGCUGAGGAGGAAGAGGUGGGUGGCGUCCAGCCGGUGAGCAUCCAGGCCUUCGCCAGCAGCUCCACGUUGCACGGCCUGGCCCACAUCUUCUCCUACGAGCGGCUGUCUCUGAAGCGGGCGCUCUGGGCCCUCUGCUUCCUGGGCUCACUGGCUGUGCUACUGUGUGUGUGCACCGAGCGCGUGCAGUACUACUUCCACUACCACCACGUCACCAAGCUCGACGAGGUGGCUGCCUCCCAGCUCACCUUCCCUGCUGUCACACUGUGCAACCUCAACGAGUUCCGCUUUAGCCAAGUCUCCAAGAACGACCUGUACCACGCUGGGGAGCUGCUGGCUCUGCUCAACAACAGGUAUGAGAUACCAGACACACAGAUGGCAGACGAAAAGCAGCUGGAGAUACUGCAGGACAAGGCCAACUUCCGCAGCUUCAAGCCCAAGCCCUUCAACAUGCGCGAGUUCUACGACCGUGCGGGGCACGACAUUCGAGACAUGCUGCUCUCCUGCCACUUCCGGGGGGAGGUCUGCAGCGCUGAGGACUUCAAGGUGGUCUUCACACGGUAUGGAAAGUGCUACACGUUCAACUCUGGCCGAGAUGGACGUCCCAGGCUGAAGACCAUGAAGGGUGGGACAGGCAAUGGGCUGGAGAUCAUGCUGGACAUUCAGCAGGACGAGUACCUGCCCGUGUGGGGGGAGACCGAUGAGACGUCCUUCGAAGCGGGCAUCAAAGUGCAGAUCCACAGUCAGGAUGAACCUCCCUUCAUCGACCAGCUGGGCUUUGGUGUAGCCCCAGGGUUCCAGACCUUUGUGGCCUGUCAAGAGCAGAGGCUCAUCUACCUGCCCCCGCCCUGGGGCACCUGCAAAGCUGUUACCAUGGACUUGGAUUUCUUCGACUCCUACAGCAUUACCGCCUGCCGCAUCGACUGUGAGACCCGCUACCUGGUGGAGAACUGUAACUGCCGCAUGGUGCACAUGCCAGGGGAUGCCCCAUACUGCACUCCAGAGCAGUACAAGGAAUGUGCAGAUCCUGCCCUGGACUUCCUGGUGGAGAAGGACCAGGAGUACUGUGUGUGUGAAAUGCCCUGCAACUUGACUCGCUAUGGCAAGGAGCUGUCCAUGGUCAAGAUCCCCAGCAAAGCAUCAGCCAAGUACCUGGCCAAGAAGUUCAACAAGUCUGAGCAGUACAUAGGGGAGAACAUCCUGGUGCUGGACAUUUUCUUUGAAGUCCUCAACUAUGAGACCAUUGAGCAGAAGAAGGCCUAUGAGAUUGCAGGACUCCUGGGUGACAUUGGAGGCCAGAUGGGUCUGUUCAUCGGGGCCAGCAUCCUCACUGUGCUGGAGCUCUUCGACUACGCCUACGAGGUGAUAAAACACAAGCUGUGCAGACGAGGCAAGUGCCAGAAGGAGGCCAAACGGAGCAGCGCGGACAAGGGUGUGGCCCUCAGCCUGGAUGACGUCAAAAGACACAACCCGUGUGAGAGCCUCCGGGGCCAUCCUGCCGGGAUGACGUAUGCUGCCAACAUCCUACCUCACCAUCCGGCCCGAGGCACUUUUGAGGACUUUACCUGCUGAGCCCUGCAGGCCGCUGUACCAAAGGCCUAGAUGGGGAGGGCUAGGAGAGCAAAGGGGCCCCCAGCUGCCCCGCCCUCGGGACUCAGUUCCCCCUCCAAUGCAGCCCCCCCACUCCUGGGCGGUCCUUUCCUCUUGUCUUCUGUGGUGAGGAAGGAGUCUUGACCGUAGAGUCCUCUCCCUGCCUCUAUCCCAUUCUUUUUUUUUUUUUUUUUUUUUUUUUAACAAAACUAAUCUAAAACAGAAACUAAAAAGAGAGAACAGGGCGAGUGACCUCAGGCUGCCCCUCUCUGCUCCAUGCUGCCUCCCACAGCUCCCAGCCUGAAUUCUGUCUGUCUGGCUGGCUGUCAUCUGAGUGUCCACCUACAUUUUGCUGCCACCAGUCACCAAAGCCCCCUCCCAGUGGGGGGUGGAGGGGAUCCUCGGGGUCUGGAAUUUGGCCCCAAACCAGAGAAUGUA